CUUGGGGGACCACGGGUCUUUGGCCCGAAACACCAGGACCCUGGAUCAGCACACAACGAACUGAGCAACUUGGUCGGUCGACCUUCCCCAGACAUCCUUCGUUACCACUGCUGGGUCUUGGGGUUAUUGUCGCCAUCACGAGCGAGCAUACCAAAAGGCUAACCGACAACCGUGCUCUGAACCACAAGAGAGCAGUUCAGGCGACACUUCUUACGUUCAAGCGCCGACUGCCGCGGGGUCAACACCAGAAUGCGCUGCGAUUCGCGCCCGAACCUACCCGCCCCUCGUCAAAGCUGAAAGCGUGGUUGUCCACUGCCAACCGGUCAAGAUGCAGCCCUCAAUUCUCGACACCAGCAUCAUCGACCUGCUCGAGGCCGACCACAGGCCGACCCUGAUCGUCGCCCUCACCCCGCACCCGCCCACCGUCGUCUAUACAAAUCCGGCAUUUGCCGCCUAUCCUGCCCUCGUCGACCUCAUCACAAAUAAGCGCCACGACUGCGCGCCACUGUGGGAAUGGAUCACAGGCGCCUCGGCAUGCACUGACACUGAGGCGCUGCCAAAUGGCCGUCGGACUGCGCCGCCGUCUUUCUCAUAUUCGGACAUUUACUGGACGAGGUCCGUAGUCCAUGACCAGAUGGUGGUGGUGGGCGCAAACGACCAGAAUCCCUCGCCUGAACUGCCGCGUAAGGUGCGGCUUGAUAUCACGGACCCUCAACCCACUGCCUCACCGCCAAGACGCAUCAUGCCUGUCGAAACCGACCCGGUGGCCGUCGCGAGGGACGACCCGACUUCCUCCACCUGUGAACCUGAGUCUGAGCUGCGCGCCAAACCCACCCCGGCCCCCUUACCCAUGAAUCCAAAGGAGCGGCCGCCAUCUCGAGCAGAGGCCGUCCAGUCUCUCGGAGGGUCCGUCUCGGACCCCGGCUGGAUAUUGCCCGACAUCACGCCCGAGCAGCGCCCAUUCCUAGCCGACAUCAACAGUGUUGACUGGGCUGCGACACCACUCGGUCCCAUGGGGAGCUGGCACCGGAAGCUCGACGAGACGGUCAACCAGAUCCUCGUCGACAGCCGUCCCAUCGCCAUCUACUGGGGCCCGUCAUACAUCACCAUCUACAACGAGGCUUUCAGCAAGCUCUGCGGAUCAAAACAUCCUUCGAUGCUGGGCAUGCCGGUCCAAGAGGCUUGGGCUGAAGCCGGCCAGCGCUUGAAGGACACGAUGCAAGGUAUCUGCCCGGACCAGAGGAGCCUUGUCGAGGACGAGUGGAGGUUCUUCGUUGAGAGGGAUCCAGAGGCUGAGGGCGGCUCGCCCUGGCUUGAGGAGACAUACCUCAAGUGGUCCAUGAUACCCAUCGUCGAGAACAACCAGUGUCUCGGAUUUAUGCAUCCCGUUGCCGAGACGACUAGCGUGCGCCUUUGGGAGAGGAGAAUGGCUUUUUUGACGGAGUUGGGUGAGGUUUUGGUCACCGCGAGGGACGUCGACAGCUACUGGGAGAAGGCGAUUCAGAAGCUUGCUGCUGUCGAGCCGCGUUACGAUAUCCCUUUGGCAAUUCUCUACAAGGUUGAGAACGAUCCCGAGGCAACGGCGGCUGAUGCGCCCGAUGCACAAAACCCCGCUAAGAUAUGCCAGCUUGCAGGGACAUUGGGCGUGCCCGAGAAUCACCCCAUUGCACCUGAAUUGGUCAACUUGCGAACCAGUGACGAGGCACUGGCACACUCUUUCCGGCAGGCCAUAGCGGCGCGGCAUCCAACAUUGCUGCGAACAAGUGACGGGACACUGCCGCCGUCACUCCUCGAGGGGCUGCAAUGGCGAGGCUUUGAAGGAGACGCUUGCCGAGAAGCCGUUAUCUGUCCAAUCCGCCCUACUAAACAAGAAGAUGUUAUGGGAUUCCUUCUCCUCGGCAUCAACCCACGGCGUCCAUACGACAAUGACUACAGGCAGUUCAUCUCUUUGCUGAGUCAGAAACUGUCCACGUCGCUCGCCUCCAUUGUCCUCCUCGAGGAGGAAGCCCGGAGGGGCCGAAACGCCGCUGAACAAGCCAAAUUCGACAAGGCUAUGCUGCAGGAAAAGCUGGAGGUCCAGACCAAGGAGGCGAAUGAGUCGAUACAAAAGUUCGAAGCAGUCGCUGAAUUCAUCCCGGUUGGGAUGUGUAUCAUGGAGGUCGUUGACGAGAACGAAAUCCAGGGCAACAUCACGUACGCCAACGACGCCUGGUACAAGAUCACUGGAUAUCCGGCGUCGGCGCCAAUCUCGAGGAACGGCUUUUUCUCGUGCGUCAACGAGGAGGAUCGCCCCGUCGUCAUUGCUGGAUACGACAGGCUCAAGACAGCGCGCAACGUCGAGUUCGAGUUCCGCGUGCAGCGGCAUCCCAACGCCGCCCCUGAUGAUCUCUCAGCCUCCUUGACUCGUACCUCGCCCAGCUUCGAGAAAGCAGGCCUGGACCUUGCCUCACUGGAAGAGAUGAAAGAGCGCCACAUUCUGGCCAUGGCAAGGGCCGAGUGCGGUCCGGACGGUCGCGUCAUUCGUGUGCUGACCUGCCUGACGGACGUGAGCGCCAUGAGAGCUGCGGCAGAAGAGGCAACACGUCGCGCCCAGCAAGCCGAAAACCUCAAGCGCAUGGCCGAAUUCGCCACCGUCGGCAUGUACGACAUGGACCUCGACGGUCGACUGCUCGGGGCCAACAAGGUUUUCUUUGAGAUGUGCGGGCUGCAAAAUGUCGAUCCACUCGAAGUGGACAUCCGGCCGUGGGAACUAUGCGUCCGCAAGGAAGACCUCCCGCUGCUAACGGAGAAGCUUGAGCGCAUGGUGAUUGACGACAAGGUGCAGAACGUCGAGGUCAGGCUCAACACCACCUGGACUGCGGAGGACGGCUCGGGCCACAUGCCGAGAUCUGUCCAGGCAACGUUGAUGCCCGUCAAGGAUACGGAGGGAGUUAUCCGGAGCUUCACUGGUUGUAUAUUUGACGUGAGCAGACAAAGCUAUCAGCUGGCAUGGGAAAAGGAGCGCAAGGAAGAAGCACUUGAGUCGAAACGGCAGCAGGAGAACUUCAUCGAUAUGACAUCCCACGAGAUGCGGAACCCUCUGAGCGCAAUCAUCCACUGCGCGGAUGCCAUCACCGGCACGCUCAGCCGCGUCCAGGAGCUCUUGAACAACGGCGUCUACGGGAGCGACGUGGCCAGCAAGGGUACGGCAGAGUUGAGAUCAAGUCCCACAGUUAGCGAAGAAUGGGUUUCGGAAGCGCACGAGCUCGUCGAGAGCAGCAUCGACAACGCCGAAACCAUUGUCACCUGCGCGCAGCACCAAAAGCGCAUUGUCGACGACAUCUUGACCAUGUCGAAGCUGGACUCGAGCCUGCUGUCAAUCACGAGGAUCACGGUCAACCCCAUCAAAAUGGUCAGAGAAGCCCUCAAGAUGUUCGAGGUGGAGGCCCGACGGGUCGAUAUCAAUCUGAGCAUGGUCGUCGACCCUGGCUACUAUGACCUCGGCAUCAAAUACCUCGAUUUCGAUCCCUCCCGGCUCAGGCAGGUGCUGAUCAACCUCCUCACCAACGCGCUCAAGUUCACCAAGGCGGGACCGACGAGGAACGUCACGGUGACCUUGAGGGCGAGCCUGACGCAGCCGACCGAGGCCACCAGCAAGGUGCAGUUCAUCCCGCGGUCGCAGGAGUCUCUCGAGGAGAUCUACGACCAGCCGGCUCCGCUCAACCGUUACAAUCCUGUGUACCUCAUGUUUGAAGUGGAAGAUACGGGCGAGGGAUUGACGGAGGACGAGAAGAACAGCUUGUUCCAGCGCUUCGUACAGGCGUCGUCACGCACGCAUUUGACCUACGGAGGAAGCGGCUUGGGCCUGUUCAUCAGCCGCCGUCUGACAGAACUUCAGGGAGGCGCGAUCGGCGUCGCAAGCACGGUGGGAGUUGGUUCCACCUUUGCCUUCUACAUCGAAGCGUAUCGGCCAACCGAAGAAGCAUUGCGCGAGGCCGAAGCGGGCGAGAUUUCCACCGAGCCAGCAGCACUGUCCGCGCUGCGUGUGAACCCCGGCCCAAGCAGGCGUGGCAGCACCAAGCGCGCUGUUAGCAGCAGCACGAUGAGCAGCGAAUAUACUACUGUCUCCAGCACAACAACAAGCGGCGGGGCAAGCGUCUCCAGUCCGGGCCUUGGCCUUGCAGCAGGAGCAGCACCCACCUCGGUGGUGACGCCCAGCAGCGAGACCAGCGUCAGCCCGAUGGGACCGCCCAUGUCCACUCCGCAGAUCACGGGGGUCCUGGUCGUCGAAGACAACCUCAUCAACCAGCAAAUUACCCGCCGGGGCCUGAUCAACAUGGGUUUCACGGUCGACGUGGCGAAUCACGGCAUCGAGUGCCUGGACAAACUCCGCCGGACCAACCGCUACUACGCUCAUCAUCAUCAUCCCGCGCCGCCGCCGCCGACGACGACGUCGUCGUUUCCCUUGCCCUCCUCCUCGGCCGACCACUACCCUUCCUCCUCGUCUAGUAGCGGCUCGACGACGACGAUGACGAGCCAGCAGCAGCAGCAGCAGCCGUUCCCGCUGUCGGUCAUACUCAUGGACAUUGAGAUGCCCAUCCAGGACGGCCUGACGUGCACGCGCCACAUCCGGGAGCUCGAGCGUGCGGGCAAGAUCGUGGGCGGGCGGAUCCCCAUCAUUGCUGUCAGUGCCAAUGCGAGGAUGGAGCAGAUUGUCGAGGCCAAGGAGGCCGGUUGCGACGAUGUCCUUGUCAAGCCUUAUCGGAUGCCCGAGUUGUUGGAGAGGAUGAAGGUUGUCAUGGCGAGGGUUGCGGGGGGGUUGGUGCUGGAUGGGGAGGGGGGAGGGUUGGGUUAG